UUCGGGUCCUGUGCAGUGAAAGUUCUCUGUCAUGACGAUCUCAGCAGCAAACCUCACCUUCUUUCAUGGUCCGCUCUCAGACAGUCCCGCACUGUCGGACAUCUCGCUCGAUCUUCCUCGCGGGUCUCGUACUGUGAUUGUGGGCCCAAAUGGUGCUGGAAAAUCCACCCUGCUCCAGAUAUUGGCUGGAAAACGUCUCAUCAAGGAUGCGAACGUCCGAAUUAACGACGCCGACGUCUUCCGUAGCACCCAGGACGGGGUGACCUUCUUAGGAACCGAAUGGGCUAUGAACCCUGUCGUGCGUGGGGACAUCAAGGUUUCCCACUUUCUGGAUUCUGUCGGUGGAUACCGGUACAAGGAACGGCGCGACGUCUUGCUGGAUAUUUUGGACGUCGAUUUAGACUGGCAUAUGCAUCAAAUCUCCGAUGGUGAAAGACGGCGCGUUCAAUUAGUUUUCGGUCUGAUGCAGGCUUAUCACGUGUUACUGCUUGACGAGGCAGGCAGCUUUGACUUGGAUGUGCUGGUUCGUGAUGACCUGCUCCGAUUUCUCAAAAGCGACAGUGAAUUGAGGGGCGCAACAAUCAUCUACGCUACCCACAUAUUUGAUGGAUUGAAUGCCUUCCCCACCCACGUUCUCCACAUGUCCCUGGGGCGGAUUGUGACCCCGGUUGUUUCUUGGCCCUUCGAAUCUGGCAAGACUCUGUACCAAAUUGCGCUGCAGUGGCUCAAAGAAGACCGCGAGGUGCGCCGUGAGCUGGAACGAAAUGGGAGAAAGCAGCGAGGUGCUCCUAAAGAUCAGGCAGUCCCGUCGGAUUCCGAAACAUUCUAUCGCAAAUACGACUAUUCUCACUAAUCGCGCAUCCACUCAACUUGUAUCGCUAUAGCACAAUUCAUCUUGUAGCAUUAUG